ACUAUACAUAGCCAGACAUGUGUGGGUGUACGUGCGUGUGCGAAGAGAAAAGGGUACGCUGUAUAUUUAAAAGUACAUAGCCUACGCGUGUAGCUGACUGGUCCUACGCUCCAGCGGCGCAGAGCAACCAGGUUCCUACGCUCCCUCCCUGGUGCCGAGCGCCAUUUGGACUCCUUUUCCCAGAAGGCUGUUGACCCUAUGCUUGGCCGGUUUCCAGCACGCAUCGGGCAGGGCUCUCUGGGAGAAUAUCCCGAGCUCAGCGCGGGCCACCGGCAGAAGAGCAGACCGGAAGUGUCUUUGGCUAUUGUACUCACGUCGACGGCUGGUGGCGCCAUUCCCGCUCUGUGAGGGGUUGGCUGCGGUGAUGAGUCUGCUGUUCCGGCGGCGUGGUGGCUUAUGUCUUCACGAUUGCAAACCAGAUAUGAUCUCCAAGCUGGAGCAGCGGGAAGACCCCUGGAUUAUGGAGAAAGAUAUCCUGAGAGGUCCAGAUUCCCAUUAAAUGGAAGCCCUACACGGGCAAGGAGUGUGGGAAGGCCUUUGGACAGAGCGCACAUCUUGUUCAACACCAGAGAAUCCACACUAGUGAGAAGCCAAAUACAUGCCAGGAGUGUGGACAGGCCUUCAGCAAGAACUCGACCCUUGUUAAGCACUAGCACAUCCACACAGGUGAGAAGCCCUAUGCGUGCAGCCACUGCCACAAGCGCUUCUGAGAGAACCCAUCCCUGGCCAAACACCAGCGGGUGCACACAAGUGAGAAGCUGUAAACCUGUGGUGACUGUGGGCAUGCCUUUAGUCAGAGCACUCACCUCAUGCAGCACCAGCAAGUCCACACUGGGGAGAAGCCGUUCCUCUGUUGUGAGUGUGGCAGAGCCUUUGCUGACGCCCCAGCCCUCCUGAUCCACCACAGGACCCACUCAGGAGAGAGGCCUUAUGAGUGCCACAAGUGCUGCAAGGCGUUCAACCUCAGCUCCUCCCUGGCUGAGCAUGAGCACUACCACAUAGGAGAGAAGCCAUACAUAUGCCAGGAAUGUGGGAAAUGUGGGAAAACCUUCAACCAGAGCUCAUCCCUCAGCAAGCACCUGAGGACAUACACAGGUGAGAAGCCAUACACAUGCAGGGACUGUGGCCGUGUGCUUUCAGCCAGAGGUCCUCCCUGGCCAGACACCAGCAGGUGCACACUGGUGAGCAGCCCUACACGUGUAGAGAAUAGGAAGACUUUCAGCCAGGCCUCUUACCUGACCCAGCACCUCAAGAUUCAUAGUAGUGAGAAACCAUUCAUAUGUGGUGAAUGUAGGAAACCCUUUGGGGAUUCUUCAGCCCUGGUCCUGCACCAGCAGAUGCACACGAGCGAGAGGCCCUACCCCUGUGGAAAAUGCGGGAAGACCUUCAGCCAGAGCAAGUUCCUUACCCAGCACAAGAGGAUCCACCCUGGGGAGAAGCCCUUUGUGUGUGGCAACUGUGGCAGGGCCUUUGUGCAGAGCUCCUCCCCCACCCUCCACCUCAGGACAUACACCAGGGAGAAGCUCUACAAGUGCAAUGAGUGUGACAAGGCUUACAUCCAGAUGUCACCCUUCACUGAGCACUACAGGGUGCACAGAGGGGAGUGGCCCUAUGUGUGCAAUCUAUACAGCAAAGCCUUCAGCCACAGCACACACCUCAUGUAGCACCAGCACAUCCAUGCGUGUGCCAAGCCCUUCAUAUGUGGCCUGUGUCAGAAAACCUUCCAUGAGUCUACGGCCCUCAUUUUGCAUCAGAGGAUUCACACUGGACAAAAGCCCUUUGAAUGUCAUAAAUGUGAGAAAGUCUUCAGCUGGAGCAGAUCUGUGGCCCAGCAUCAGAAAAUUCAUUCCCAGGGGACACCAUGUGAGGGCAGUGAGUAUCAGAAAACCCUCAGCAACUCUUUGGUUUUCAUCUAUCAGUGAACUGGGGAUAUGCCAAACAUGGCAGAGACCUUCUGUCUGUCCUUGGUGUGGUGUUCUUCAUCUGGCAGAGGGCCCUCUGAAUGUCAGGAACUCAGGACCAGUGCAGAGCAGCCCCCUUGCUCAUCAUACGCCUCUCUGCAGUGUCACCCAGUUGGGUGAGAAAGCCAGAGUGAGCCUUAAAGGGGAGCAACAGCCCCUCCCAUUCUCCAUCAUACAGGCUCCCACAGAAGUCCACCAGAUGGUGGGAGAGAUCCACAGGUUGGACGGUUUCAGCAAGCCUGAAAGAGCUUGUUCCAGUUUUGCCAAGCAAAAAUGAAAACAAACAAACAAAAACAAACCUUAAAGAUGCUUUUUGUGGGGGCAGGUGGGUGGCUCAGUCAGUUGAGUCUGACUCUUAGUUUUGGUUCUGGUCAUAAUCUCGGAGUUCAGAGAUUGAGCUCCGCAGCGGGGAUUCUGCUUCCCCUCUCUCUCCUUCUACCCCUGUCCCCCCCCCCCCCGCCCCCCCCCCCCACUGCUCAUGAGCUCACUC